UAAUGAGAUAGCAUUAGCUCCUCCUCUUUCAAUUAAUAAUGAGUUUGUGGGUGUGGCCCACCCACCCUUAGCUCCGCCCAUUCUUCCUGAUUCUGUCAAUCCUCAGUAUUCCCAUCAAAGCAGUAAUGAGAUAGCAUUAGCUCCUCCUCUUUCAAUUAAUAAUGAGUUUGUGGGUGUGGUCGAGACCAACGCCCACCUAACAGGGCGGAGACUAACUAACGCUGACCUUGCUGAUUCUCUACCAGCACCUAAUGAGGUCGACCCUGUUAAUUACCAAUCUAUCGAACCAGUAUCUACCGAACCCGUCUCACCUCUUGACGAAGAGAGAGAGAUUACUGAAGGUGAUUCUAAUCCUCCAUCAGCUGCUCCCUCCCUCUCCUCUCUCCUCCCACUGGACACUGGUGACGCCCAGCGAUCAGCUCUGAUGGACUCACCUGUACAACUGGUACCUCCUUUGUCUCUAGGGGAGGAGGUACCCACAUCUACUGCCACUGCCGGGGGUAACGUACAUGUACAUGUACAACCUGAAGGACAGACACUCUGUCAUCAGCCGCCAGUUACUGUCCCUAAAGGUCCAAUGGAUAUUACUCCUCCUGAUGGUGAACCAACCACUACUGCCCCUUCCCUUUCUCUGGCUCCGCCUACUCCAAUAACGUCUGUACCUCCAACUGUCUCUCUUGCAUUCUCUUCAAUUGCUCCACCCACUUCUAUUUCAGCCCCGCCCUCUAAUCUAAGACUAUCGGACAAUCCCUCAGACCCUCCCCUAUCAGCAUUCUCUCCUCCCAGCGAUAAACAGACCACGCCUACUUCAACUCUACCUCAAGCCACACCUACUUUAGAGCAUAAGGUACAAGAGGUACCACCCGAUAGACCAGGGGAAGUUCCUCCUCGUUCCAACGAGGAGGAGAGAGGGAGCAGUCGGCUCUCCCCUCGUCAAGAUUAUGAGGGACACUCACAAAGCAUGUAUGAUAGGAGAUAUGAUCAUUAUGACCACACCCACUACUACGAUAGGUACAACACUAGUUACUAUGAUGACAGGGACUAUUACUAUAGGAACCAGCAGCAUAGAUAUGGUGAUAGAGAUCACCGGAAUCAAUAUCGCGUCAGAAAUGAUUGGAAUGAGUAUGAUCGUGCUAGACGUCCUGAUCCCAGGUAUCACUGGAAUCAGAGAUAUGAUCGAUAUCAUGAUUACUAUGAUCCGAGAUAUGAUUGGAGAGACCAGGAGAGGUACAGAUCAAGAGAUGAUCGCUAUGAUAUGAGAUAUCAACGUGAGAGACACUACGAUCAGCAGCAUCAGUAUUAUUAUCAAGAUGGAAGAGGUUAUGCUGACCAGACCUACUAUGACGAACAGGGAUAUCCCCUUUCUUCAGGAUAUUCUCAGGAUACUUCAGUAAUCUAUAGUCAGGAUAACAGUUAUUAUGACGGUGAAGCAACUCCUUAUGAAUCCACUCAUAUUGAAGCUCCGCCCACUGAUAGCUAUGGAGGACCUUAUCCACCGUAUAUUGAUGAUAGGUACCCUGUAAGCGGGGCUUAUGAUCAGCAAUAUGAAGUGCCUCCAGCUGCUGGUUCCCCCUCUCCUCCUCGGAGGGAUACUCCUCUCUGCUUCUGUUUCCCCCAUGUUAGUGUCAGGUUUAGCAUCGGAGGGCAACUGGUCACUGGGUCGCCGGUCAAACCGUCCGAACAUGUACCAGCCAUUGUCCACAUACACUCUUUACAGUCUUUG